GGCAUCCCCAGCCCCCCAUUCUUCUGUCUGAUUUUUCCCGCUCUUCGUGGGCAAUCCCGUUUCAUACUCACGUUGAAUCACUGGUGUUUUCUGGUUGUUGCUCAUUCGCUAUACUCACGGCUUCGAGCUACUUGUUAAGCCUGCCUAGUGGUGGCAAUCAUGGCAAUCGGCCAAAUGACGUCGAAAAAGGCCGGGUCCUGGACGAAGGUCGUCAUAUUCGUUUCUCUCUAUGUGCUCCUCCUGGAGUCUGUCAUUGAGUGGGCGCUGGUCCUCUACCUCUAUGGAAACCGACUGGUGGACUCGAAGAUGGCCCCAAGUCUCAUCCUUGCCUUGAUCGCGUCAUUCUUUACAGUACCCCUGGUGGUUCUUCAUAGCUUUCUUGCGUGGCAGCACAAUAAAGUCGAGGGAUUCGAGAGCCAGAAGGCGCUCCUGUGUACGGCGUGCACGUAUCUCUUGCGAUUGACUACCAUCGUCUGGUUAGCUGCCAGUGUGGCAGGCUUGGUGGUCGUGGCCCAGCAGGCUUCCUGUUCCCCGGAUAGCGGGCAUGGUGACUUCUGGAGGACCGGCAUCAGUUGCGCAUUGCAUAGAGCAGCCGUUAUCGUUUCGAUUCUGUCCUUCAUCACUGUGUGUCUAUACUUCUGCUCCCGAGAGCUCUGCGCGAGUCCCUACGCGGUUUCAUUACUGGGGGUAUACAAAGAGCAAACACAACAGAGCGACGAGAGCAUAUUUUCCAGCUCCAGUCUAGACAGCAACACCACCCUGAAGAACGACAUCCUCUAUCUCUGUCGUGGCCCGGACGUGACAUAUGGGGCCGGACUUUACGUGUCGCCAGGCCAUAACUUCAUCCCGAAAUCAGGGACCAUUGAACAACCUACCCCGAUCCACCCGUGGCCGCAGAUGGAAUUUGGCGCAGACCCAAACUAUGAGAAUGCGGAGGUCCUGUCAGGGACGACUGUUUCGCCCAACGGUACCUUGAACCAUCUCUCCUCGGCAGGGAACACGAAUCCCGAUUUGAUGUCUGUCUCUCGGACCCCCACGAUGGCGACAUUCAGCACCGACAAUCAUAGGCGGCCCCAAGCUCCUCCAGUCGCAGAGUUGCCUAGCGGUUUGGAGUCCUUGUCCAGACCUGGACAUAAACGGCAAAAGUCGUCUGUUACGUCGCUUCGCAGAUUUCUCCCUAAAAUCUUUGCUUUCUCCUCUCCUUUAUCGGCGGAUCCCCAAAUCCGGGCCCUUGCGGAAUCGACUUCCACUCGAGAUAUUGAGAAGCAAGCGGAUGGCGUGGAGGGUGCUCGGACUGUUUUGCAGGAUCAUGGACAUUCGGUACCUUCACGGACAGAGCAGCCAGCAAAAUCAACAGCCCCUAUCCACACAGCUCCUGUCCAGCAAGCCCCCGUCCAAACAGCUCCUGUCCAACCAGCUCUUGUUCAGCUAGCUCCCGUUCAUCAACCGCCUCCUAUCCAAACAGCCCCCGUCCAGACUCGCGGACCGCAAACACCCCCAGAAAAGACACUGACCCGCUCUGACACCAUGAGCUCAGCAGACGCCCCAGAAGUCGCUCGACCAGCACCCCUAAACGCCCGUCGAUUAAACACCUCCCAGACGGCACCAAUCCCCCACACCCCAUACCACGCCCCUCCCCGCGAGCCAUUCUCCACCCCCCCAAACCCAAUGACCCAACACCCCGUCAACCGAUCCCUCUCCUACGGAGGCCCACCCCCAGGCCCCAGCCUCGCCAAACGCCAAAGCACCCGACGCAGCAGGAGACCUCAAACCCAGCUCUACCAGUUCGAGAACCCACACAUCCCGCGCCACACCCGAAGCCAGUACCUGCCCCAAGCGUACUACAACAACAACAACAACAACAACAACCGCCAACUGCCCUUCGAACCCCCGCGGAGGAUAUCGUCCCUGCAGCGCCGCAACGACGUCGAGGUCAUCUACCCCAGCACCCGCCGGCCCCGCAGCACCACCUACGGCGGCCUCGGCUCGUUCGGCAAUCUGGAUUGUAUCCGGGAAUCGGGCGCGUCUGUGGAUGAGCCGCCGGGAGAUGUGUUCACGGAUCGGGGCACUUAUAGGGGGACGACGAGGACUAGUAUGAACGGGUAUUGAACUGAAGGCUGGGAGAAGGUGUGACGUGUGUAUGAUGAAGCGUGUUCGCCUGCUGGUCGGGCGGGAGUAAGACUUCUUUUUUUGUUUUAUACUAUCUGGUCUUGGUUUCAUAGGUCUGAGAGGUUGCCGUGGACGAUGGGAUAGACUUAAUCACUUGGUUGCGGUUUUGCAUGGAGUGUGUUAUACCAAUUUGGAUGAAAUUACUACUGUGCUACUAUACUGCUACUAUACUGCUACUAUACUGC